AUUUAAUAUGGCCGCCAAUGCAAAAAAAAAAUGGUGCAGUAAAUGAUCAACAAUAAAAAAGUUUAGGAAAUGUUUGGAGAAAUGGUUAUAGUGUAGCUUAUCCUAGCCAUACACGAGGUAAAUGGCUACGAAAUCGCAAAAGCGUCCUCUCUUUGGUAGCCUAGGUGAUUCUGAAAAUGGCACGGGCGAUUUUGGGGAAGAUGAAGGAAUUGAACUGGAAAAUGUUCAGAAACUCAGGAACGAGGAGGGAGAUGAAACGAUUGUUGGUCUGUCCUGUGACGAGGCAUACAGACGUUUCUGCGGGAUCAUCCGUCAUGAACUGACGGUGUUCAACCAGGCCAAUAACAUCGGACCAUGGCGUGAUUUUGUUAGAAUGUUGGCAAACACUAGCGCAACUUUCAAUUUUAUAUCUUUGGGUCUGGUUCUGCUUCAAAUAUUUCUCAUAAUUCUAGGCUAUGCCUUCCAGGAGAGCAGGAAGGCUUUGCCAAUGGUGGAGCUAUCUAUAAUUGUGGCCAUAACUGCUCUGAAUAUUGUUCUUGGCGUGAGGGAAGAGAGGCUGAGGAAGACAGAACUAUCAAAAAAGAUUGCCAAGUUCUUGACACAAUGCCAGGCAUAUAGAUUGUCCUGUCCUUGGUCUGACGCUUCCUAUCCACAUCUUGCCACGCCCAGUACAGAUUCCCUCUCAUUAGUUUGGACCUACCGUAAGAACAGGCUUGUCAAUGUGCCUGCAAACCUGCUGGUCGAGGGAGAUGUGAUUGUGUUGGGCCCUGGGCAGAAAUGUCCUGCUAAAGUACAACUGAAAUCUCCAAAUGGUGAGAGAAUUUUCGAUGCAGGAGAAAUAUAUCGUCCUGAGAAUGAAGAACAGCAAGCUGCAGAGCAUUUAGAAAACGAAAGACUGUUUUCCUGUCAACCAUGUCCGCGGCAAAAAUUUACGGUUGUGGAAGCCCCGCUUGAGGGAAAAUUGAGAACCACAUUCUACAGUUCUCAAAGAAGGCCAACAAGUCUGCUGGAUAAUGAACGAUGUUACGUUAUAAAACAAGUUCUGCAAUUUCGAGUGAUCCCGGUUAUUUUGGGUUUAUCUUUUCUUAUCAAUCUCAUAAGGUUCCUUUUGUCGCGGGAUGAUUUUGGUUCGUGGUCGGAGAUGAUCUUUAUACUACAAGCUUACGUUAUUAUUCCGCUGUUGCCAUUAUUAUUUCCUCUCAUGUGGAUUGUAAUCAAUUGUUUUGGAACAGCAAGAAUUCAAGUUCUUUUUAAAUCUGAAAUAAGCCAGCUUUCUAAGAAAGUCUCGUUGUUACCACUGAGUGACGUCAACUAUCAUUUCUGGAAAAUUUUCAAAGGAGAGUCAGACACACUAUCACGGACAGCUAAUCUCUUGCAUACUCUAGGAACCAUAAGUGUUUUAUGCUGUGUUAACAAGGAUGGUAUUCUUGCCUCGCCAAAUCCCAACGCCGAAAAAGUUUUCUUUUUCCGCAAACGCAAAGAAAGGCGAAACAAAAGGCUGAUGGUAAAAGACACUCAUUUCGGCAGCAAUGACGACAGAGCCGUGUUUUUUACGGCGCAUAUCGACGAUGACGAAGAAUCUAGUACCAGUCCCACCGUUCGCACGGAUGUCCAUUUUCGCGCCAUACAGGGGGAGGAGGAGUCUGAGAAUUCGGCGAUGCCCACGCCGUUACUUCAUCACAAAGAUUGCAAUUUCGUGUCUCAUUCCGAAGUCUUAAAUCUUUCUUGCGACCCGAAGAGUGAAUUUGGUGUUAUUUUCGAUGACAUUCGCUGGCGGAAACAUCUGAGCUCUUUAAAACCACUGGGUCUCAAUAUCCUUCUGAAUGCGCCUUGUUCGUCUCCUGUGAAUGCUGUCAAACUUACGGAUCAUCUUGGCCAUCUCUCGCUGCUGGUGAAUGAUACACCUGUUCGUAUCGUGAGAAGGUGUUUGUGUUUGCUCGGAAGGCAAAUUGGUUUCAUUGAUUCAGCAUUAGAAAACUUCAGAAGAAAACACAAUAUAUUCGCUUUUAAAGCCAGUCAACAGCUAAACGAUUCAGCUGUUCCGUCCAAUUCAUUCUUGUCCGUUUGUAAAGAAACACCAGUUCCAUUUCUGACCUCAUUGGUAGUCGAGCAUGUCACAUCAGGUCAUCAUCAGCUUCUGUCCCAGGGCUCUGCAGACUUGUUGCUUGACGUUUGCACCGAUUUCUGGGAUGGGUCGGAAGUUCACCCAUUGACAUCAAUGGAAAGGCGAAAGAUUCAGGAUUUCUUUCAUCGUACCAGCAUCACAUCAAAUUGCAUUGCGUUGUCGUAUCGUCCAAUCACACAGUCAUGGCAUGGUUUAGAUCAAGAUGUAUUUCUAGAAAUUCCUGACGGGGUGAAUUUGUUAAAUAACGACAGUGAUAAUGGCAGUAUGUCCAGCUCAAGAUCUGAAGGCUCCGAAGAAGAUCACAACAAGGUUGGGGAGACCUCGCUUGGCUUGAAUAGCAACGAAAUUGACCUGGAUUUUUAUCAAAGAAUUAUUGGGGGUCAAAUCUUCAUCGGUAUGAUAACCUUGCAGCACAAGGCUAAACAGGAUAUUCCGCCUCUUGUCGAGGAUCUGAACAACGCUGGAAUUCGUUUUGUCUAUUUCUCAGAAGAAAAUGAAAUAAAAAGUCAGGUGUUCGCUGAGAGAUUGGGUCUGGAGACGGGAUGGAAUUGUCACAUUUCAUUCAGCGAGAAGACCUUUGGCUUUGAUGAGCACAGCACAUUGACCGCGGGCUCGGAAGGCAAGGUGGAUGACACCGCUGACGAUUUUCUCGUCACUCACGUGACCCCGGUUCCCGACGACGCCGCCGCUGGUGACAUGCCGAAAGAGGAUGACGUCACGUGUCCACGUGAUGAAGUCACAGGCCCGUCCCCAGAAGAAGGUGACGUCACCGGUGACGUGUUCGAAGAAGAUGAUGUGGACAUUGAUGCGAACGGUGAAGAAACUGAGGUCGAAAAGAAAGUAAAAUGGCAGGGUUCUGAAGCCCGGGAUCGAAAAUCAAGCGGAGCGUCUUCGUCCAGUAUGUCAACAAAUAACGACGACGUUGAUCAUGGCGGAGAUAUCAGGGUUCAGAUUAGCAAUCGGGCAAAACUUCCUCGUGGUAUCAUCAACAUCCGUCCUCAUUUGGAAGACGUGGAUAACGUUCCAUUGUUGGUUCCACUCUUUACCGAUUGCACUCCACAAGCGGCGCGAGAAAUGAUCUCAAUAAUGCAAGAAUAUGGUGAGGUGGUGUGUUGUAUCGGCAGCUCUCUGAAUAUUGAUAACCUGGAAACAUUCAACCAAGCUGACGUGAGUGUUGCUCUUCAACCAAGCUUCCCGCAAGUUUGUCUAAACGCCAAGCCGAGACACAGGGGGUCCCAGACAUCGACUCCUGAAGACUCCAGCCAAACUAAUCUCCUCAAAACCGAAAACCGUUCACAUGAAGAAGAGUUGAAUCCCCUGACAGUCAGCUCAAAAUUAAAUGGCAUCUCAUGUUCGCUAUCGUUUCAUCGUGAUUAUAAUAUUAAGUUUGUGGCGUUAUUAAAGGAGGCUCGUCGCCUCUGUUUUGGUUUGCGAAUAUGCUUCACCUUCAUGUUAUCUUGUCAGUUAACUCUCUGCCUUGUAAUGCUGACCGCCUCGGUCUUAUUACCGCCUCCUCUCACGGGCUUGCAUCUGCUGUGGUUCACCUGUGUUCUAGUGCCAGCCCUGAGUAUCUCGCUAGUGAACGCGGACAACGACCUACAGCUAAUGACAACGAUGACGGCGAAAAAUGACAAUAAUUUUAAAGGUUACAACUCAUUGUUCUUUCGCUUCCAUGGACUCGCUUUCCUCCCAAUUGUUUUCAUCUCCAACCUGCUGAUAUUUCCUCUCAUCCUGUUGUCAUUCUGCGAGCGAUUCAACUCUUCCACGGAGGACAAAUGCCAUUACUUUCUCGGAAACAGAAAUAUCUCAGAAACUUGGAAUGGCUUUGGCCAUCGGCAUCUCUCGUGUUUAGCUUUAGCUCAAGAUGUCGUGGCUUUCUUCUUGAUGUUAUGCUUUGUAUUCAUGUCAACAAGCUAUGUACAUCAUUUGCAUCCACUUUGGAAAAAGUUGCCAUUUUUUAAUAAACAAUGGAUUGUUACCGUUCUUGUUCUCUUUAUUCUGCAAGUGUUUUACAUGACGAUAUCCCAGUUAUUGUGGCAAACGAACGACAGCAAUGAUUAUGACAUCAGCCACAUACCCCAGGUCGUCUUUUGUUUGGUAUUUAUUUGGCCCAUCUUUCAGCUGGGUCUCUGUGAAUUCUCGAAAUGUAAAUACAUCAAAUUCUACAUUCGAUACCAAAAAAGAGCGAAGCUCAAGUUUGGAACCAAACUGGGAAUGAAUUCUCCGUUUUAGAAGAAUAGAAAAUGGUUUAUUUGAAUGUACAAAUUGAAGUCCAAAAAAUGUCUAAAUCGCAUUCAGAGAGCAGUAAAGCAAUCAAUGCGUAUACAAUUCAAUGCAAUGGAGUAAAAAUUCUUUGAAAUAUAUGCCUAUUUUAGAAUAUAAUGCACAAUUAAUU